AUGAAGUCCUUUCUGCGCGGUGCAUUCAUGGGAGUUCUCUCCGCUUCUGCUGUCUUCAGUGCGCCUAUGGAAAAGCGCCCGGCACGCGGAGUCUCCGAUGUGGAUAUCCUUCAAUUUGCCCUAACUCUCGAACAUCUCGAAAAUGUUUUCUAUAAGGGUGCACUCUCUCGAUUCACAGAGAAUCAUUUCCGCGAGGCUGGCUUCGAUUCCAAAUUGCUCCAACAGCUGCGAUUCAUUGCCCAGGAUGAGGAAGAUCAUGUCGUGUUUAUCACGAAGGCUCUCUCGGCUGCGGGGGUGGUUCCCGUUUCAGCCUGUGAAUACAAUUUCCCAUAUACCGACGUUCACAGUUUCCUUGCUCUAGCAUCCGUCCUUGAAGGCGUUGGCACCUCCGCUUACUUGGGUGGUGCUAGAGUUAUCUCAAACAAGGAUAUCCUGACACAAGCAGGUGCUAUUCUUGUCGCAGAAGGCAUCCACCAAUCUGUCCUCCGUAACAGUCUUAACCAGAUCUCCUCAGCCAAAGUCACGGGCACGCCAGUUGAUGCCAAUGCCAUCUUUUCUUUAGCUGCUUCUUUUAUCGUAUCCUGUCCUAAAAACAACAUCCCUCUCCCAUUCCAAGCAUUCCCAACAUUGGCGCCAACCCAGCCCGGGCCCCAAGCUAUUUCAUCUCGAGCCCAUUUCCGUAUCGGAAAAAAUGUUAACAUCGGUGGAGGAGGCCUCUUCCUAACUUUCGUUAGUGGCCUUGAUAUCGUCAGCGUUGCAGUUGAGCGUGUUGAUCGCCUCUUUGCUGUCAACAUUCCGUCAGUGAUUAGUGGACAAUCAUAUGUUUUCCUAACAAACUCCGAGGCCCGUGGUUCUAUCGCUGACAACAUCGUCGUUGCUGGCCCGGCGAUCAUCGAAGUUACCCCAAGAUCAGCUACAGUCAACCUGUCAAUUUUGUAA